UGUUGGUGGAGGUGCCAGCCUGGUCAGUCGAGCUGCGAUCGGCCCCAGGCGAAGGAGUCCCUACCGAGCACAGCCAACAGUCCAGGUCCGCGAUGCAACUCCGGAGGACGGUGAUGACGCUGGCGGGCGCGGCGCUGCUCGCCCUGCUGUUCGUCGACGUGGAGGUGCAGGCCACGCCCGCGCCCCAGGAGUCGUCCUUCGAGCUGCCCGUACAGCUCAUUGGCUUCCCCGUCAUCAUCCUGGCUGUGCGUGUCUCCAACUUCGUCAAGAAGCUUGCCUACUCGCUCAACCCCGGCACCUACCGCUCCCGCACCCGCCGCGGCCUCGAGCCGCCCGCCCUGGACCCCGCCGCCGUGGAGAAGCGCCUCGUGCAGGAGAUGGGCGAGUCCGUGUGCGUCUACGAGCACGUGUGCCGGGAGUACGCGGAGCGUGCCGGCCGCCUGGGCGACAACCACGCGCUGGACUGGCCCAAACUCAUCAGCAACUACAACCAGUCGCCGGAGAGCAGGAAACAGUUCUACCUGCUGAGCGUGUUCCUGGGCGACAUUGUGGCCUCGCCCCGCCUCUGUCACCAGCUCGCCAAGCGCGGGCGCGCCUGCAAGUGAGGCGGCCGCGAGCUCCUCAAGAGCCACAAUGUGAUACGUCCCCGCAGCGCCGCCGGCCGGGCCCAACAAGCCCAACCUCCGGGCCCAACCCCAGGACCCCACCCGUGGGGCCCCAACCCCGCACGGCUCUCGCGGGGCCGCCGGCGAGCGGCGCGGACGCCCUGGAGGCCAACGGGAUGGAACCAAACAAUCAAAACGACCGCGGCGAAGAGGGUCGGCGGAGUUCGAAGACGCGCGGACCGCGGCUGCGGUGUCGGCCUGCAUCGACCCGCUCUCCCCCGACCCUCGUUGGACCAAAGAGAGAGAGAGAGAGAGAGAGACCGGAGGUCAGUGUCGUGGCUGACACGCGCCUCCGUCCUGGACCGCCUCCUAUGUACCUUUGCCCGUAUUAGACGAAACUUAGGAAGAAACUGCCAGCCUUAGAUUGUAAGAACGUUGAUGUACAAACCAUGUAAAAGGUCUCGACUGAAUCAGUCGUCCGGUGAAGACCCUGCCCGCCCCGUGGCGGCGGGCCCGCAGCCUGCUCUAUGGAGUCGCUAUACCCCGCGCCCCGGUGCCCGGGGUAGAGCCGCACAGCGCCGGCCUGCGAGCCAGCCACGCCCAGUCAUUUACUUGUCGCACCUCUUUAAUAAACUGUUAACGUUACGGAA